UUCACAUUUCCCUACUUGAGUGUUUUCUUCUUCUCUAUUUAAGGCUAGCUUUCACCUAGCCAUAUUCUACAAGCCUUAUUCCAGGAAAAACCAACACUAGGGUUUCUUGAGGCUACUCUUGCUGUUGAUGAUAAUGGAUAGCCAAAACAAGAACAGUGUUGAUGCCAUGGAUGGGAUUGAGAGCAGAGGGAUGAAAGAAAGAGGAGGAAGGACUAAUAGUUUCUUGGUUUUAAGAGUUUUGGCUUUUGUGCUGACCUCGACUGCUGCUAUUGUUCAUGGUGUGAAUAACCAGACUGAGACUGUCCCAAUUCAGCUUACAUCAAGCAUGCCACCUUUAUACGUUCCUGUUGUUGCUAAGUGGCAUUAUCUCUCUGCUUUUGUGUUCUUUGUGGUGUCGAAUGCCAUAGCAUGUUCAUAUGCAGCAAUUUCCGUAAUGCUAUCUUUUUGUGGGAAGAAAAGCAUGGUGCCAAUUAUCUUAACUCUUGACCUAUUGAUGGUGGCGUUGCUGUUUAGUAGCAAUGGAGCAGCCACAGCUAUUGGGGUGAUGGGUUACAAAGGGAAUUCACAUGUGAAAUGGAACAAAGUGUGCAAUGUGUUUGGGAAAUUCUGCAAUCAAGUUGCAGCUUCUGUUGUCCUCUCUCUUAUCGGUUCUAUAGUUUUUGUGUUGCUGGUUAUGCUUACUGCUUUCAGGCUUCAUAACAAGUCCAAAUAGAUGACUCUCUUGUAAUUUAUGCUCUUUGGAAUCUCUAGCUAGUUAUUUCUUUCUUUCUUUCUUCUCUGAAAGUUUUUUAAGUUAUAAAUGUGUCAAUUUUUAAGUUUUCAUCUGGUUAAUAAAUAAAUCGAAAAUUUAGCAA